AUGCUUAAGGUGACGUCGAGAAAAGUCAUGCAACGUGUUGUACGCAUUGAUGCAGACGCUGGACAAAUUUUGUGGGACAGCAAAAAGAAUAAUCGUGUCAACCUGGAAUCCAUCAGAGAGGUACGAUCAGGUUCAGCUGCCCGAUCGUAUCGUACAUCACUUUCAAUUGCAGCAGCUCAUGAACAACAUUGGAUUUCCAUCAUAUAUCAGGCAAAUAGCAUUUACAAAGCUUUGCAUCUUAUUGCGCUAUCUGAUGCAUCCCUUGAUCGUUGGUAUACAACAUUACAAGCCGUACAGAAUGAAAGAAAGCUCUUGGCAUCCUGCGUCGAUAUGUCUGAAAGACGUCAAAGUAUAUGGCUGCGACAACAGUUCAAGGGUGCUGAUACGAGUAAAGAUGCACGGUUGGACUUUGGCGAGACUGUAAGGCUGUGUAGACGAUUGGGCAUCAUGAGCAAUAGAGAGGAUUUGAGAAAACGGUUCGACGAGGCGGACAAGGAGGGGCUAGGAUAUCUAGACUUUGCCAAAUUUCAGCAUUUCGUUGCUUUUCUUAAACGAAGAGUUGAAGUAGAGGAGAUCUUUAAUCGUCUAGCCGAUACAAUGGUCAAGGUCAUUAGUCAAACAGCUUUCUUUGCCUUUCUCAGGAAUGAGCAAGGCCAUUUGGGAAUCAACUCUCAAGCCAUGGUUGAUACGUAUCGCCGUUUCCGCACGACUGUGAGCUCUACUGAAGAGGGUAUCUCGUAUGACGGAUUCCUAGCCUUCUUGAUGUCGAAAACGGCUGAAGCUCUGAUUGCUAUCAGUGGACAAGUAAGUGUUACGCAAGAUAUGAAUAGACCUUUACCGGAAUAUUACAUCAGCUCAAGUCAUAAUACCUAUUUGGUUAAAGGUCAAUUGACUGGUGAAAGCACUGCGGAAGGAUAUAUCCGAGCUUUGAUGCAAGGAGCAAGAUCGGUAGAACUUGAUUGUUGGGAUGGUCCAGGAAAUGAACCUGUAGUGACCCACGGUCAUACGCUGACAAGCAAGGUGCCUUUGAGAGAUGUGAUCCAGGCAAUCGGCAAGUAUGCAUUCGUUGCUUCGCCAUAUCCGUUGAUCCUUUCCCUUGAGGUACAUACCGAUCUGGUCCAACAGGAUGCUAUUGCAGAGAUUCUCCGAACAGUCUUGGGGGACAAAUUAUUGCAAUACCCUUUAGAAGGUCAUUCUAAUUCUACUCUGCCCAGUCCACAAGAACUAAUCGGCAAGAUUUUGGUGAAAGCAAAGAACAUUCUGCUCAACAAAAAGCCAGAAGAACCUGAAAAGUUUGAAAUGGUUAUAAAGGACAAAAAUGUGACUUCCACAACUGAUACGACUACCGAAUCAGAAAGUGACGGAUUAUUGCACAAUGCCCGUGAUUUGGUGCGCUCUGUAACGCAAAAAGGUCGAAGGCUAUCCUCAAAAGGCAAGAUGAGUGACAAGACGACCGCGAACGCUUCAGGUGAAAAGAAGAAGGUCAUGUCUCCAGCAUUGGCGUCGUUGUUAAUCUACACAGUUGGAGUGAAACAUCGUGGUAUCAAUAAGAAGGAAGACUAUGCGAUCGAGCAUAUGAUCAGCCUUUCGGAACGUACAGCAUUGAAGUACGCAAGAAGCUCAUCGAACGGUGUUGGUCAUAAUUGGGAAGAUUUGAUCAAGCAUAAUCGAACUCAUUUGACGAGGAUAUAUCCUAGCAUGAAUACCUUUGCACGGUUGAAUUAUAGUGCCAACUUUUUGCCAAACAUCUUUUGGAGAUUAGGAUGUCAGCUUGUGGCUUUGAAUUGGCAAACAGUCGAUUUGGGUUUGGAGAUGAACCAAGCAAUGUUUAUGCGUAAUGGAAGAAGUGGUUACGUUCUCAAACCUGAAGCUCUACGCAAGAAAGAAAAGUAUUCGCUUUCUGAUCCUUUGAAUCAGAAAGAUCAGGCUGAAAAUACAAAGAGCGUUACGUUUGUCACUGUUACUAUCACUCUUAUCUCCGCUCAACAGCUUCCAAGAUAUCGUCACAAGAAGGGCAACGAGAGUGAUGGGCAAGAAAAAGAAGCCGAUAUGACUGUUCUAGAUCCUUUCAUUUCUUUAGCUGUGAUCGUUCCUGAUACGCCUUCUUUCAGCGUUUCGCCAAAUAGCACCAACAAGACUUCAAGUGCCAUCUCUUCGACAGAAUCGGUGCGAUCAGACAAAGAAGCAAGAACGUCAACGGUUUGGCAAAAUGGAUUUAAUCCGAUUUGGAAUGAAACCUUAUCGUUUCGUAUUCGAUUACCCACCAAUACUUCCAGCGGUUCGACUGAUCUUCGUAAUUCGGUUCGCGGUUUGUUGGAUUUAUGUUUUAUUCGUUUUGAAGUUCGCAAUGAGACAAAGAGAGAUCAAAUUGAUGAUGUUCCAUGUUUGGCCACUUUUAUGAUCUCUUUGGGCGCUUUGGAACAGGGAUAUCAUCAUGUUCCUUUGUACGACACAUCAAUGACGCAACACCUCUUUUCAACACUUUUCGUGCAUACGAAAUUGCAAAUUGAUGAAUAG